AUGUUACUCAAGACAGUCCAACUGAUUUUUCUCUUACAAAUAUCAUAUGCUUAUAAAGUGUUACUGGUUUUUCCUGUACCGUACAGAAGUCAUGCGAUCUUGGGUGAAGGAUUUGUUAGACAUUUAACCCGAGCUGGACAUGAGGUGACCUAUGUAACACCUUAUUUAAUAGGAGAAGCUCAUGAAAAUCUACAACAAAUUGAAAUUGGUACUAGAGGACUAUUAGAUAAUGUUGUAAACCUGAAAAAUAUAUUAAAUAAAGAAAUGAAUUCCGCUGAAUUAUUCAAUGUCAUGAUGAAAAUUGUGAAUUUAACGUUGACAGAUGCUAACGUCACUGAAUUCUUAUAUAACAAAAAUAACAUUUAUGACGUCGCAAUUAUUGAAAGGAUGUUUAUUGAUGUGUUUAGUGGGUUUGCAGCUGUAUUUAAUUGUCCAUAUAUAUCAUUCUUCUCCUAUCACGACGACAUGGAUAUCCUAGAACUGAUUCAUGAGGUACCCAAUCCAGCUUACACAGCAAGCGUAGGGACAACUUAUAUACCACCACUUUCUUUCUUUGAGCGCCUGGAACAGCUGUACCUUCACGGCUUUAUGUUAAUUAUGAAUCAAUAUUACAUAAAACCAAAGGAACAAGCAAUAUACAGACGUAUGUUUGAACCUAUUGUGAAUAGUCGAGGAGGAAAUCUACCAGAUUAUGAUGAUAUAAGAUAUAACGCCUCCCUAGCAUUUACAACGUCACAUAUAAGUUAUGGAAAUAGUUAUGUCCAUCCGUUGGCUCUAAAAUUAAUUGGAGGUUUUCAUAUUGACGAUGCUUUGAAACCGUUGCCAAAGAAACUGAGAGAAAUAAUGGACAAGAGCGAAAAUGGGGUAAUUUUAUUUAGCAUGGGUUCGCAAGUGACGUCAGAAGGAAUGCCCGAGCAAUUAAAAACGGAUUUAAUCAGAAUAUUUUCACAAUUAAACUAUACAGUAUUAUGGAAGUUAAAUAAACUAGAAUCGAAGUUCAUUCCGGGGAAUGUGAAGGUUGUACCGUGGUUACCGCAACAAAGCAUUUUAGCUCAUCCAAGAUGUGUUCUCUUCAUAACGCACGGCGGCAUUUUGUCUAUCACCGAAUCUGUACAUUUUGGCGUACCCAUCGUUGGGAUCCCAGGAUUUGGUGAUCAAUUCGUUAAUGUAAAGACAGCCGUGAAAAAUGGCUAUGGAUUAGAAGUAGCACUCUCAGCAGAUAUGGGGGAUAAACUUGAAGAAGCUCUGCACGAAGUUCUGGGUAAUCCCAGAUUUCAACAGCGUGCUAAGGCAAUGUCCCUUAUUUAUCACUCUCGUGUGAUGCCACCAGGUGAUGAGAUGGUAUUUUGGACGGAAUACGUGGUGAAGACCCGUGGUGCUCUACAUUUGCGCUCACCAGCGUUAUCAAUGCCGUUAUAUCAGAAAUAUUUUCUGGAUAUACUUGCUACGCUAUGUAUCCUUCUCACUAUCAUGUUAUUUAUUGCUAAGAAAAUGUUCAUCUAUUUAAUAAAAGAAGCAGUAGAAAAUAAGAAAAAUAAUUAA